UAAAUAAAACCAUCGACGGUAAUCCUUCAUUGCAAGAUCUUGAUGCGGUGUACUCGCUGACUGUUAGCUAGCUAGCUAGUAUUUGCACUGUUAUAAUCAGAACAUGGACAACUCGGGGAAAGAGAAGGAAGCGAUUCAGCUUAUGGCUGACGCUGACAAGAAAGUGAAAACUUCUGGCUCGUUCUUGGGAGGCAUGUUUGGUGGACCUCAUAAAGUGGAGGAGGCGUGUGAAAUGUACUGCAGAGCAGCCAACAUGUUCAAGAUGGCCAAGAACUGGAACGCUGCUGGUAAUGCGUUCUGCCAGGCCGCCCGGAUCCACAUGCAGCUCCAGAACAAACACGACUCGGCCACCAGCUUCAUCGAUGCAGGAAACGCCUUCAAAAAGUCUGACCCCAACGAGGCUAUCAAGUGCUUAAACGCAGCCGUUGAUAUAUACACAGACAUGGGAAGGUUCACCAUCGCAGCCAAACACCACAUCACCAUCGCAGAGAUCUACGAGUCAGAACUGGUGGAUAUAGAGAAGGCCAUCGCCCACUAUGAGCAGGCAGCAGACUACUACAAAGGAGAGGAGUCCAACAGUUCUGCCAACAAGUGUCUGCUGAAGGUGGGGGCCUACGCCGCUCAGUUAGAACAAUACGCCAAGGCCAUCGAGAUCUACGAACAGGUGGGAUCCAGCACCAUGGAUAACCCCCUGCUGAAAUACAGCGCCAAAGAGUACUUCUUCAAAGCUUCUCUGUGUCAUUUCAUCGUGGAUGAACUCAACGCUAAGCUUGCUGUGGAGAAGUACGAGGAGAUGUUCCCAGCUUUUUCCGACUCAAGAGAGUGCAAACUGUUGAAGAAACUCCUGGACGCUCAUGAGGAACAGAACUGUGAAGCUUUCACUGAAGCAAUUAAAGAGUUUGAUUCCAUCUCUCGUCUGGACCAAUGGCAGACUACCAUGUUGCUGCGCAUCAAGAAGACCAUCCAGGGGGAUGAGGGGGACCUGAAGUGAGACUACACUGGGGGAACACAUCACCACAGGGAAACACAUCAUGGCAUGCCACCCCCUCUCCAUUUACCCCCCCCCCCCACUCUCACCUCACAUUGUUUUUGUGCAGUGUCGAGGUUCUUAUCGUUACAGUAUGAGUUAGUUACAAGAGAACUUCAGCUGCAAUGUGUAGAGGCCUAUAGAGGAUCUGUAGAAGAGUGUGUGUACCCUGUUUAUUCCAAAUGUUAUGUUGAAUUCUAUUAUAUGAAGGUAUCAGUUGCUCUCCUAUUAAUAUGGCCAAACCCUAGUUAGGAUGUGGAUCUACAGUCGUACCUCUUCAUGGAGGAUAUUGCCUGUACAUUUCCUGUCUAGUGGUGAGUAACCUCAGUAGGGCAGAGAGGUGUUUCACUAAUGCAUAAACACUGCAUGAUUUGUACAGUUGUAAUUAAUUAUUCUAUAGUUUAGCACGUGACUAAUCUAGAAAUUAGUAUUUAAAUAUAUUUAAAGAUGACUUAUGAUGUUGUAAGCUUUUUUCCAUUCUUUCCUUGGUUUCCAACUUGAAAAUGUCUUAAAGGGAUUUAGAAAGGAAAUGUCCAUUACUUCCAAUAUCAUAAACGGUUGUUGUAAACUAAAGAAUUUGAGCCUGAGUGAUGACAAUGAAUUUGUUUCAUAUCCAAAACAGCCAGGAAAAAUGUCAGCCUGCAUAUCAAGCUUCUUUCAGGUGGAAUAGUGACCUUUUUUAAUUUGGUCUGAGAAUGGACAGUAAUAAAGAUAUCUAUAAUUCUCUGUUAA